AUGGCCAACUCCAAAUAUGAAUACGUGCGCAAUUUCGAGCGGGACGAGAUCCUGCUCCCCAACACAUGGAUCGUCGUCCGAGUCGAUGGCAGAGGGUUUCAUAAACUCUCGACCCACUAUAAAUUCACCAAGCCCAACGACACCCGGGCUCUCAACCUCAUGAACGCGGCAGCCGCACACGUCGUGACGACGGUCCCAGACCUGGUGGUUGCAUACGGCGUGUCGGACGAGUUCAGUUUUGUGUUCCACCGGUCAACGGACCUCUUCGAGCGCCGUGCCGCGAAGCUGGUCAGUACUGUUGUCAGCACCUUCACGGCGGUGUAUGUGCUGCUGUGGAGUCAGGUGUUUUCCGGAGAUGCUGUUACUGAUUCGGAGGAGCGAGAUGGCGGCAGAACGCCCUCGUUGAGUGUGGAGAUGCUGCCUACUUUCGAUGGGCGUGCGGUCUGCUAUCCAUCGUGGCACAAUCUGAGGGACUACCUUUCGUGGAGGCAGGUUGAUUGUCACAUCAAUAACCUCUACAACACGACGUUCUGGGCGAUGGUCAACAGAGGGAAAAUGACCCCUACGGCCGCGGAGGAGGAACUCAAAGGCACUGUCGCAGCAGACAAGAACGAGAUUUUGUUCAGUCGUUUCGGUAUCAACUACAACAACGAGCCCGAGAUGUUCCGGAAAGGCAGUGUUGUCUUCAGGGAGUAUGCGCUGGCGGCGUCUCCAAGCGGCAAGGACGUGCAAACCACCGAUGAAAUGAGUGAAGCAGUCUCUACAGGAGAAGAAGGGAGAGAGGUGCUCUCCAGGACGCAAGCCGAGAAGAUGAAAAAGUUGAGGCGGAAGGCGAAGGUGGUGGUCAGGCAUCUGGAUAUCAUCAAGGACAACUUCUGGGAGCAGCGGCCCUGGUUGACAACCGGGAAACCGGGCGAGCAGGUGGUUGGGAGCCAGGAGCCAUGA